AUGCGCUUCCAACAUAUAGCUUUUUUCUUGCAUCUCCUCCUAUCCUCUGCAUUGGCUAGACCCGACGCUAAACUCUUCGCGCACCCGGGCACAUUACACACGAACAAAGACAUCCAAAGAAUAAGAGAAAAGGUGAAAACUGAAGCGGAACCAUGGUACCGUGCAUGGCAGCACCUUGAGUCUGCGAAAUUGGCCCAGACGUCAUGGAUCUCAAAGCUGCACGAGGUUGUUGUUCGCGGCACCAAUGCUACAUGGCAGCCAACACCAGCACAGAACAACGGAGAUGCGUACCGUGAUGCUCACUCCGCUUACCAGCUUACUAUUCGUUGGCUUGUAGGUGGCAAUACUUCAUAUGCCGACCACGCUGUUGACAUUCUCAAUGGCUGGGGCUCAACACUGCGUGAUAUCAACGGCACCGAAGACAAGUUCCUUGCGGCGGGCUUGUAUGGAUACCAGUUUGCCAUUGCCGCUGAGCUACUCCGAAUCUAUCCUGGUUGGACAAAGGCGAACCAAACAGUCUUCGCCACUAUGCUGAAUGAUGUCUUUGCAAAAUAUAACUUCCGACUUUCAUUACUAUCGUAA